AUGGAAGACGAACCAGAACAUUCAGAAAGAAUUACUCGCCGUUCGAGAAGGACUAGGACUCAGGUUAGGGUUACUGGCACAAACGUAAUUGAAGAUGAAUUGGAGGAGGAGAGGGAAGAUGUUUCGGAUGACUUCGAAGAGCCUCGCCGGAGAGCCAAGCGAAGUAGGGCUGCUGAAGGUGCUUCCACUUCGGCUCACAUAUUGGACCAGAGUUUAAUUGAGGUUAUCAAAGGUGAUGGUAAAGAAAUUCCUGACGUGGUUAAGCGAUGGGUUGAACGAUAUGAGGGGAACCCAAAAUCUGCAAUGGCCGAACUUUUAACCCUGCUCUUUGAGGCAUGCGGUGCAAAAUAUUGUCUUGAAGAAGAGUACCUGGAUGAAACGGCUGUGGAUGAUGUAGUAGUUACUCUUGUUAAUUUGGCUAGGAGAGGUGAAGUUGAAGAUUAUCAAAAUUCGAAAAGGGAGUUCAAGAAUUUCAAAGAUAACCUUUUAUAUUUUUGGGAUAAUUUAGUUAGUGAGUGUCAAAGUGGACCUCUAUUUGAUCAGAUCUUAUUUGACAAAUGCUUGGACUACAUAAUUGCAUUGUCAUGCACUCCUCCUAGAGUUUAUCGUCUGGUCGCUUCAUUGGUGGGACUCCAGCUCGUUACCUCCUUCAUUAACGUCGCUAAAAUGCUUGGUGCACAACGAGAAACUACUCAAAGACAGCUAAAUGCUGAAAAGAAGAAAAGGGCUGACGGGCCUCGUGUAGAAUCGCUCAAUAAAAGGCUAUCUACAACACACGAGAAGAUAACUGUCACGGAGGAGAUGAUGCGCAAAUUAUUCACCGGGUUAUUUGUACAUCGAUACCGUGACAUUGAUCCUGACAUCCGAAUGUCAUGCAUAGAGUCGUUGGGACUAUGGGUACUGUCAUAUCCCUCACUGUUCUUGCAGGAUUUAUACUUGAAAUAUCUUGGAUGGACGUUGAACGACAAAAUUGCUGGAGUAAGAAAGGCUUCUGUCCUGGCAUUGCAAAAUCUUUAUGAGGUCGAAGAUAAUGUGCCAUCUCUUAACCUUUUCACAGAGAGAUUUUACAAACGGAUGCUUGAGCUUGCUGACGACAUUGACAUUUCUGUGGCAGUUUGUGCUAUAGGACUUGUAAAGCAGCUUCUAAGACAUCAACUUGUGCCUGAUGAAGAGCUAGGUUCUUUAUAUGAUUUACUAAUUGAUGAUCCACCAGAUAUCAGGCAUGCCAUUGGAGCACUAGUCUAUGAUCAUUUGAUUGCACAGAAAUUCAAUGAUUCGCAGUCUCGUUCAACAGGAAAUGACAGUGAUUCUUCGGAGGUUCUUCUCAGUAGAAUGUUGCAAAUACUGAAGGAAUUCUCAGCUGAUCCUAUACUGAGUUUAUAUGUCAUCGACGAUGUCUGGGAUUACAUGGUUGCUAUGAAAGACUGGAAGUGCAUCAUUGGUAUGCUUCUGGAAGAUAACCCAUCCGCAGAGCUUAAUGAUGUAGAUGCAACAAAUUUGAUUAGACUUCUCUCUGCAUCCGUACGAAAGGCAGUGGGGGAAAGGAUUGUUCCUGCUACUGAUAAUAGAAAGCAGCAUUUUACUAAAGCUCAAAAGGAAACCUUUGAAAGCAAUCGGCGCGAUAUUACUAAUGCCAUGAUGAAGAAUUAUCCUCAGCUUCUACACAAAUUUAUGGCUGACAAAGAAAAAGUAUCACCCCUGGUUGAAGUCAUUGUUCAUAUAAAUCUUGAGCUUUAUUCACUCAAGAGUAAAGAACAGAAUUUUAAAGCUGUUCUUCAACUUAUGCAAGCCGCCUUCUUUAAGCAUGGAGAGAAGGAUGCUCUACGAUCGUGUGUCAAAGCUGUCAAGUUCUGUGCCACUGAGAGCCGAGGAGAGUUGCAAGAUUUUGCCCGAAAUCAAGUAAAGGAGCUUGAGGAUGAGCUUAUUGCCAAACUAAAAUCUGCAAUAAAAGAUGUUGUGAAUGGUGAUGAUGAAUACUCACUGCUUGUAAAUCUGAAACGAUUGUACGAACUUCAGUUGUUAUGGCAAGUCCCUAUCGGAAGCUUAUAUGGAGAUUUCGGACAUAUUCUUCAACGUUUCAGAAACAUAGAUGAGGAGGUCAUUUCCUUUUUGCUUCUGAACAUGUAUUUGCAUGUUGCCUGGUGCCUGCAUUCUAUAAUAUCCAGUGAAACAGUAUCUGAGUUAUCAAUAUCUUCUCUAAUGUUGGAGAAGCGCACUGUCUUGUUUGAACAACUUGACUACUUUCUAUGCACUCCUCCCAAAGUCGACGGUGGAAGUGGAUAUCAGCUAGCGUGUAGGAUCUGUUCUAUACUUGCUGAACUAUGGUGUUUGUUCAAAAAGAGUAAAUUUGCUUCAACAAAGCUGGAAAUUCUUGGUUAUUGCCCAGACGAGUCUACUGUUCAAAAAUACUGGAAACUGAGUGAGCAGCUACUUAAUGUCUCAGAUGAGAUCGAAGAUGAAGAUGGUAACAAAGAAUAUAUUGAGGAUACUAACAGAGACACUGUCAUACUUGCUGCAACCAAGUUGGUUGCUAACGAUUCAGUUCCUAUGGAGCACCUUGGUCCGGAGAUCAUUUCUCACUUUGGGAAGUAUGGGACCAGCGUGACUGAGAUUAUUAAGCAUCUGAUAACUGCUUUAAAGAAGAAAAAUGAUGACGUUUCAAAUAUUUUUCUAGAAGCACUGAAAAGGUCCCAUCAACGGUAUCUAUUAGUAGUUUCAUCAAGCAAUGACAAAUCAUUGUCAAGCAAGUCUUUUCAGGAAUGUAAAGAUCUUGCCUCUCGGCUCUCUGGGUCAUACGUUGGUGCUGCCAGAAACAAGCAUAAAUCAGAAAUUUUUAACAUAAUCAGAGAAGGCAUCAAUUAUGCCUUUUUUGAUGCUCCAAAGCAGCUUUCUUUCCUGGACAGUGUUGUGCUGCAUUUUGUAUCCAAACUUCCAACACCUGAUAUUCUUGACAUUAUGAGAGGAGUUGAGAAAAGAACUGAGAAUGUGAAGACAGAUCAAGAUCCCAGUGGGUGGCGCCCCUAUCACGCGUUUCUGGAAUCCCUUCGGGAGAAGUAUGCGAAAAAUGAAGGUUUACAAGAUGAGAAAGAAGGGGUGACUGUGAGACGUCGAGGUCGUCCACGCAAGAAGCAGAAUAUACAAGGAAAAAGACUUUUCGAUGAGCAGCCUUCAAGCGAAGAAGAGGAUUCAAUCAGCGGCUCCGAUCAAGAUGCUGAAGAUGAAGACCAAAAACAAAUAGAUGAGGAAGAGGAUGCUCCUUUGAUACAUUCCAUUAGAUCAACAGAACUAGGCUACUUCCAGAACUUCAGGGGCUUCCGGUUAGCCUACUUUGAAGCAGAGGCAGUGGUAUCGGGUCAUCCAUCUCAAAAAAGUCAGCUAGUAUGA